AUGGUUCAUCCUGCUGUAUUACCUGGUAUUGACAUAUCAAACGUACCAGAAGCAACAUCUGCUAAAGUUCAAAAUGAUGGAAAUAUUGUUGCUUCUGUAACAUUAAUAAAAAUAUCAAAAAAUCAAGGAUAUCUUGUUAUAAAUUAUUUAGAUGAAAAUCUUAAUAAUAAACUUGUUACUUUAAAAGAUCCUUCAAUGCCUCUUGAAAUUGGUGGUGAUAAUACUUUUGAAUUAGGUGAUGUUGUUAAAAAUCCUAUUGACAAGAGAAGUCUUAGAAUAUAUAUACAAGUUCAUCAUCAUCAUCCUGAACAAUAUUUAACUCAACAUUUAGUUAAUCAACUUGAAGAAGCUGUUCUUGGUGCUUUUAAUUUAGAAUUAAAAAAAAAUGUUACAAUUGAUUUGUAUGAUUCUGUUGCUGAUAGUGUAUUACGUGAUUAUGCUGGUUUCAUUGUUGGUGAAAAAUUUUUAAUGGAAGAGGUUACCUUUGAUAGUGGAAAGACUAAAUCAAUUCUUAGAAAUAAUAUUCAAGGAAUUAAUUCUGAAACAACAACUGAAAAUGAUCUUGAUAGUAUCAUUGAUUUUGAUGAUACAUUAUCAAAUUUUAGUAGAAGUGAUUUUGUAAAAUACCUUUUUAAAGAAGGUAAAAUGUUUCAUUUCAAAGAAAAUGAAGAAGUCCAAGGAUAUAUAGUUGGAAAAGGUGAACAGAUUUAUGGAAUUUAUGCUCAAAAACCAAUUAUUGCAGAAGCAUUGUUAGCAAAGUACAUUUCAAUGGUACCAUGUAGAAAUGUUAUUAUUAAAUGUAAAAUUGGUACAUGGGAAGGAUUAUCAAGUGCUAUUGUUAAAAGAAGAAGUAUUCAUAGAAUGCAUACAAGAUCCUGCCCAACUCACAUUAAAUGGGAUAAAAUUUUUGGUGUAAAUGUAGGAAUGAAUCUUUUUUAA